GAUGCCGUCGUCGCCGCCAAGUCGACGGAGUGCUGCCACUCGCGGAGUGCCACGGACCGAAUGUGUAUCGGGCUUUGGGCGCGGGUGCGCGGGGGGUAGUUUCGAGUGCGGCCUGGCCAAGUCCACGGGGAUGUUCGGCUUGCGAGUCGAUUGUCACUGAGUCGACAGAUCCCGGUGUUCCCUUCGAAAGAGGAGGAUUUAUCCGCUCGAGGAACGUGGAAUUAUUUAUGAAUGGAUGGCGGUUCGACGGAGGACGCGGGAGCUGGACCGUUUGCGGGCCUGGGAGGUCUGGAAAGAUGGCGGACUCAUUCGCGAAUCGCUGCCUGGUGCCUCGUGCUCUGUGGCUCCAUGUUACUAAACGCCACCCUCCUCGUGGCCUUCAUCAGGAGGCCAGGAUUAAGAACCAUAUCCAACAGAUUCGUGAUGAACCUGAUCGCUUCGAAUUUGCUGGCCGUAAUUGUGCUCGCGGCUCUCCUAAUAAUGGAAAGUCGGGGCGGAGCGACGAGCCUGUGCGGACCGUCGGAGGGCGCCACGGCCCUCGUCACCACCUCCUCGAUCCUCUCGGUCCUGCUAAUCGGCGUCGACCAAUAUCUCGCGAUCGUCGACCCCUUACGCUACCGGGCACGCAUCGACAAACUGCGCUGUGGUCUGCUGAUCCUGGCUUCCUGGCUCGUGGCCCUAGGCUUCGGAGCGAUCGCGAGCCUCAAUCCCCAGCCACGGAGUCUCUGGCGUCUCUGCAGGCCAUCGGACGACGAGGACGACAUUGGUGGUGACGAUGAGGAAGCCUCGGCCGAGCUCAGCGUCCAGGAGAGUCUCGUGCUCGAUGGUAACGUUACCGAGAGCGCGGACCUCGAGAUACUCGGGGAGAUUAGUUUGCGCCGCGCGAGCGCCACCUACGGCCGUAUCUACGCUCUCACCUACGCCCUCCUCGGCUACCUGGCGCCCUUCCUCGCCAUCGUCUGGAUUUACUUCAGCAUCUACAGGGCGGCGAGAAACAACAGCGAGAGAACGAGGCGCACCGGCUCGCGGCCCGUCCUCUCCUCGGGGAGCUUCUGCGAGGAGGCACCCCCGCCGCCUCCGGCUUUCCUCUACCCCUUCGACGACUCGAGGCGCGUGCCCAAAAUAUCAUCGCUCUCGUCCAUCGACGAGAGCGUCGAGGCCAACGCGACCAGCGGCCUCAUCGAGUCUCAGGCCUCGAAGGUCGUCGAGACUGCCCAGACGGUCGUAUUCACCGUCGGCGUGGCAACGCACUGCCACAACGAGGACGGGGACGCCUACGAGGACGCCGACGAUAAUACCAAAGAAAGCACCGAGUCCACAGUUCCUAUAAUAGCGCCCGUGCCCGAGGAGGACUUUCUCGCGGGCUCGGCCGAACAUCAGCAGGAGUCCACGUACGGCCGGAUGAUGCUCGGCUGCGAGAAGCAUCCCUACGAGUACGAGGACGAGCUCGAGGACUCGAGUGAAGAGGAAGAGGAAGCGGUCAGUAAGGGUAACGUAGAGCGGCCGCUCGGACCCACGGCUGGGGCGGCCCUUAGCGUCAACUUUGAUUUGGAGGAGAAGCAUCGGGAGCCGUCGGGCCCGCGGCCCCCGAUAGUUACGGUGACGCCACCGGCUCUGCGGCCGACGGCACCGCUACAUAGGCUCACCAGCUUAAAGACCGGCCACAGCUACAUCGAGCACCUGCGCUACAGAAUCAGCAAUGGCUCGCUGUUUAAGUACCGGGAGGAGACGCGGGCCGCCCGCAUAAGCGCCCUCGUCAUCGUCAUGGGUCUGAUCUGCUGGACGCCGUACGUGUGCAUGCUGGUAUUGCGCAACCUCGUCGAGCCCAGCGAGGACAGUGAGGAUAAGCCGAUGGACGACAUCGGGCCGAGCCUCGACGCCGGUGCCCUCGGCUUCCUCGUCUUAGCUACCUACGUCAGUCCGCUACUCUUCGGCUAUAGGUCGCGACGCGUUAAGAGGGAGUUGCGCAAAUUCUUCUGCUUCAAGCGCGAGCUCUCCUACAGGAAUAACCGAAGCCUAAUGGCGAAGAAGGUGCUUCGACGGCGACACAGCGGCGUCACGAUGCUCGGCCAGAUGGGUCUCGGCGGGGACUCCACCCUCGACAACACGCGCUACAAUAUUCUCAAUUGUAUGUACGGGAGGGUGAAGUGGCCCAAGGACAAAGUGCACUUUGUCCAGGUGCCGGACACGGCCUUGGCUGUGGAAACUUGUAGGAGCAGCUUCAGCAGCGGGGCCAGUACCCAGAUAUCCAGCACGUCAACCGACGAGUGUUGAGUGCUAAAUUGAGAGAGGAUUUGCCAAGUGUUCCUAGCUAAGGGAACGUCUAUCCCAGUAGUGGAGGCUGAACGUUUCAGCGCAAAAGGACUUGGGAUAGUUAGUUAGACUCGGCGAUUGGGCGCGAGGAAGGGGAAGUGAAUUUGAUCAUCGUGCGCGAGAUGGAAGAAAGAAAUCGGUAUCGAUCGAGUGCGCUAGUCUUUCUCUUGUAUCAAUUGUAUUCUAAGGUGAGAUGCUGUUCGGUGGGGCAGGUUUCACGCGCUUGGCAAUUUAUUAAAUGAAGGAACUCUCGUUUAUGCCAUCUUAGCUGUUUAAUCAUUUUUAAAACUUUUGUGUUCCUACAAAAAUGCAGUUUUCGUUUACUUUUUGUAUAUGGGAUAUAACAUUCCUUGUACAUAAGAGUAUUGAUUUGGGUAAAAAUGCUCAUUGGACUUGAGGACUUUCAGGACCCGUUUUUAAAGUCCUAGGAAAUAUCAUUAGGUAAACGUAAGAGCUUAUAAGUAGUGCUACGCGAUAAUGUAUGGUAAUUGAAAGAGUCGAUGUGUCGAUUUAAAACAGGGUAACGUAUUAGUAUCCUAUUGAUCUGGAUAAACUUCGAAUGGUGAGAAAGUUGGGAGGCAAACGUAGAUGAACAAAUCGAGGCGGUAUUUUUAAACUCAAAACAAAAUUCACCAAAGACAUUUUUGACUGUUUGCAAAAAUUUACAACAAUGUUAAAUCACCAAUCGAUCUAAUCUAAUAAUAAUGUCUUGAA